UUCCGGCAAAUAUCUUCACUUUUUCUCUUUCAUUUCGCUGGUUUCCCCUCUUUUCUCUUUUUGCUUCACUGACUUCCUCUCCUUUUCUCUUCUUCUUCUUCGUUGAUCUCUUAUCUAUUUUUCUCUUCCACAGCUCAUGUACCCAGAGCAACCAACGUUCCGUUAGAGGCUUGAAAUCGGUCAAUAUCCCACGAAACCCACUUAUCAUGGCACUUAAAACAGCUGCUGUCUCAUAUCUAAUACCGGACGAUGGAGAGGCAAACCAAGAUGGGUAUCUCACACAAGAAAGCAUAGAAGUGAGGGUUUCCUCCCAAGUUGAUGGGAGAAGAUAUUCAAAUGUUAUCAAUCACGUUUCGUUUUUGAGAUGCCAUUUUAUAGACUUGGGAGAGAAAUGUAUUGUCAACGAAAAGUGGAACCAAACUUUGGAAGACUGGUUGAACGUGACAAGAGUUUAUAGAUCAUAUCGACCCGUAGGUUUGGGAAAUCGGAGGUACAAGAUCAGAGAACAAGUAAAAGAUUGUAUAAGGUACAUGCUGUAUGGAAUACUGAAAUUGCACAAACAUGGCUAUUGUAUUGAUGGGGACCUCAAAAAAGGAAACGUGGUCAUGGUGGAGGAAGUCCCAAAAUUCUUGGGCUUAAAGCUAAAGAAGUCUUCAAGCGGAACAGAAAGAGAGAGAGAUUACGAGAGCUUUCGGAUGCUCGUGAAGUAUGACAUAUUGGAGGGGGCCGGAGCCAAUUGUCCGCGCGAUAUGGUUGAUUUUCUCAACAAACUGCGGAAUCCACUGGGAAAUGAGGAACUGCUCACUUACCAUUGUGCAUUUUGGAUGAGUAGGGAGAAAGUGGAUUUCUUCGCGUCAUUCAUUAAUGACGUGAGGUUCUUAGGCCCACACAUAGAAGGACUAGUGCUCCAAGAACUUGAUAAUAAUCCACAACUGCACUUUGGAUGGGAGCAAGAUUUGCGAUCGGGUAGCCCGUUACACAAGUUUCAUCGCAACAGGACAGAUCGGAAUCCAACUGGCCGGGGCCACUACUACUUCCUGCGAAAUUAUAGAGGACACGGAGGAGAGUAUUCUGAUUAUGUAAGUAUGAUAUGUAAGAUAGCCUUGAGUAUUCAAUCUUUUGUAAAUUUCUUAUGGGUGGCUAUAAUGCCACGAUCCCAAUUGUUAGUACCAUGACCAUUUACCCAGAACUCCAUUCUUAUCCUCAUUAAACCAUCGCAUGAUUUUCUUUUCCUUGCUUGGCUAUCAUCACAUGGUUCACUCAAUUCACCUCAUCCUUUGAGUAGAGAUUCUCUGUACAGUUUCUAUCAAACCCAUCAUUUCUCAUUCAUCCACACGCCAUUUUCCUUGCGACUUCAGUACAAACCCAUGUACUAAAUUCAUGGCCGGCCAUCUUUAUCGAUUGAUCUAGGAACUUGUAAUUGAGAGGGCUUUUUUAACUAAUCUGAUGACUAUAGUUUCAGCAUGAAUUAUGUAGAUUAGUUUAAUUCAUAUGCUAAAUGAUUGCAAUCUUGAUGGGUCUAAAUACAAUAGGCUGUGGGGAUUCUGCAGCAGUUAAUGUGAUGGUUUAAUAAGGGCAAAAGUGAUUUUGUUCAAAUGGUCGUGGCCCUAACAUAAAUGGUCAUGGCAUUAAUUUUCUCUAUCCAUUUCUUAUAC